AUGCUUGGCUACGAGGCUGGUAUGACUCACAUUCUCUGUGACCUUCACCGACCCGGAUCCAAGACAUCUUUCAGCGGCGCUUUUGCAGAGACCGACAACCCCUUCGACGCCAAGCAAUUGAAAAUACCUUACAUUGUUCAAGAAGGUUCUUUCGAGAAAGCUGCUCUCGGAGAUAGGCUAUACCAGGAAAGUUUUUCCGGCGAACUGGACGUACAGCGAGAUUCCGAGACUUACGACACCUCUGGGUGUUGA